AUUUGGUCUCUCCCAAAUUCAUUUUUUGUACCUCUGAUUCUCCAUUGAUUUCUUCACAUCCCAAUUUUUUUUUCUUCUAAAUUACUUUCACCUUUUGAUUGCGCUUUGAUUCAAUGCCAAUAAAUGUAUUUAUGUUUUUCUCUGAUUUUGUAGAAUGCUGUCUGCGAGUUUCCAACCCUGCCGGGGGAAUGCACCGGUGUCUAAUGUCACUGGACCUCAAGUGCCAGGCACAGGGGACCAUACAUUUGAACGGAGAUUGCGUCUUGGAGGACCAUUAUUGAAGGAAAACAUUGCAACCAUGGUGCUUGAGAGUGACUUGCUUUUACUAGGGAGAGCAACUAUUGAAGAGGCACGGAGUCUUUCACAUUGGUUACACUCCGAGGCAGGAUUUGGCAAGAUGGGUGUUUGUGGACUAAGCAUGGGAGGAGUGCAUGCUGCAAUGGUUGGAUCACUACACCCAAUCCCUGUUGCUACUCUUCCUUUUCUAUUGCCACAUUCUGCUGUAGUGGCACUGUGAGGGUAUAUUAAAGUAUGGCACUGCAUGGGAGGUACUUAGAGAGGAUCUUGCAGCCCAGGAAUCUGCAAUGACUCUCAAGGAGGUUAGAGAAUGCAUACAAAAUGUACUGUCUCUCACAGAUGUCACACGCUUUCCAAUUCCAAAAAAUCCCAAUGCUGUUAUAUUUGUAGCCGCAACUGAUGAUGGUUACAUACCCAAGCACUU